AUGGGUAAAGCUGCUAAGAGGAGUUAUACAGGUACACCAAGCACCAAUAAGCAGGUUGAUGCUGCUAAACACUUGGGGUCCGUUUUCAAGUUCAAUACUGAUCUUGGUCAACACAUCUUGAAAAACCCACUCGUUGCACAAGGUAUUGUGGAUAAGGCACAAUUAAGACCUUCAGAUACAGUUUUAGAAGUGGGUCCAGGUACUGGUAAUUUAACCGUCCGUAUCCUUGAGCAAGUCAGAAAAGCCUACGCCGUGGAAAUGGAUCCCAGAAUGGCAGCAGAAUUGACAAAAAGAGUUAGAGGUACUGAUGGUGAGAGGAAGCUAGAAAUCUUACUUGGUGAUUUCAUCAAAACCGAUUUGCCAUAUUUCGAUGUAUGCAUCAGCAACACACCCUAUCAAAUUUCAUCACCAUUGGUCUUUAAAUUGAUUAAUCAACCACGUCCACCAAGAGUUGCAGUCCUCAUGUUUCAAAGAGAAUUUGCUAUGAGAUUGGUUGCUAGACCAGGUGAUGCACUUUACUGUCGACUAUCAGCUAAUGUUCAAAUGUGGGCAAACGUUGUACAUAUUAUGAAAGUCAGUAAGAACAAUUUUAGACCACCACCACAGGUGGAAUCCAGUGUGGUCAGAUUAGAAAUUAAAAAUCCAAGACCACCAAUUGAAUUUAAUGAAUGGGAUGGGCUCCUAAGAAUUGUCUUUGUACGUAAAAACAAAACAAUCGCAGCUGGGUUCAAAUCCUCAAGUGUCAUCGACAUUCUCGAAAAGAAUUACAAGACUUUUUUGGCAAUGAACGAUGAAAUGGUUGAUGAUACUAAGGGCUCAAUGACGCAGACGGUAAAAUCUAAGAUUGAGACCGUAUUACAAGAAACAGGGCUUGGUGAGAAAAGAGCCGGUAAAUGCGACCAAACGGAUUUUCUCAAACUGUUGUACGCGUUCCAUCAAGUCGGAAUCCAUUUUUCAUGA